UUUUGCAAUGUGACCGUGGAGUGGCCUGACAGGGGUGUGAGAUCUGUUGAAUUGCGAAACCGAAACCAAUAUUUUCUCAUCUGUCUUCCCUCAAAAUAUCCGGGAUGUAAAAUUAAUUCACUUCUAAAUAUACAUUGAAGCUUAGAAUACCAGUCCAACUAUUCUAAUUAAUAAUUCACCGCAACGUACAAACUAACAAAGCUAGCCAGCGAGCUAGCUAGCAAAAGAGACAGUCAGCACCAGAAAGGCGGGUUUGUCUCCCAUUAGCAGGUACCAAUGCGGCUAAAAGACCCAUUUUCUCUAAAAACCGCCGACAUGACGAAGCGGACAAGCAGGCCGAAAAAACCUCGUGGAGAGGAAUCUUCUGACGAAGUCAGUGGGUUGACGUGCCAACACGUGAGCAAGGCAGUGGACCUGAGCUCAGUGAAGAAGGCGGUCAUGCAGGGCCUGUGGUCCGUCUGUGCCGAGUGCCUGCGGGAGAGGACUGUGCACGAUGGCGAUUCCACGGGUGCUUUCGACAUCCUCCUGUGUCUCAAGUGUGGCUUCCAGGGUUGUAACCAAUCAGAGGGUCAGCAUGCCACCAAACACCAGCAGGCUUUGCACCCAGAGUCCCACUGCAUCACCGUGAGCCUCAGCACGUGGAGGGCCUGGUGUUUUGAAUGCAAUGAAGAAUUGUCCACUCACUGCAAUAAGAAGGUUCUGGCUCAGACUCUGGACUUCCUACAGAAGCACUCAACGAAGACAACCUCAGGAGCCACCUCCAAAAUAAUCCGUCUUCGAGAGGAGCCCACGGAAUGCACAGACACCCUGAAGGGAAGGAGUCCGGUCAACAGUACUCUUGUCCCAGUCAAAGGCAUCAACAACCUGGGGAACACCUGCUUCUUCAACGCAGUCAUGCAGAACCUGUCACAGACGCACAUGCUGAACGACCUCAUUCUGGAGAUGAAGGAGAAGGGACAUCGACUGAAGAUCUGCCCCUCACCUGAAGCUACCCUGGGAAUGCUGACGGUCAUACUUCCCAACCCAGAGCCUCUCACCUCAGCCAUGUUCCUGUUCCUGCACAGCAUGAAGGAUGCUGGGAAGGGCCCUGUUUCUCCCAAAGUGCUUUUCAGCCAGCUCUGUCAGAAGGCCCCCAGGUUUAAGGGCUACCAGCAGCAGGACAGCCAGGAGCUGCUGCACUAUCUUCUGGACUCCAUGAGGGUGGAGGAGACCAAGCGUAUAAAAGCAGGAAUCCUGAAAGCAUUCAACAAUCCCACUGAAAAGACGGCUGAUGAGGAGACCAAGCGCCAAGUGAAAGCGUACGGGAAGGAGGGAGUGAAGAUGAACUUUGUGGACCAGAUCUUUGUGGGAGAGUUCACCAACACUAUCAUGUGUGAGGAAUGUGAGCAUAUCUCAACAGUGAAGGAAGCAUUCAUUGACAUCUCUCUACCCAUCAUUGAGGAGCGGAUUUCCAAACCUACGAAUCCAGGAAGAACCAGCAAAAGCAAUCGAGAACCGGACACACCGAUCCCCCACGGCAACGACAUGCAUGCUGCACAGCUGUCGCAUGGCAACAAGAAUAGCAGGAAGCUGGGAGUGCAGGGUGGGGUGAAGCCGCAGGCCAGGAGGUUCUCAGGAGGCUCGGAGGACAGAGGAGGCGACUGCGUCUCCGCACGGGUGGAGGAGGAGUGCAGCGGGGCCGGCCGCGCCCUGGGGGGGUGCAGGGACACCGCGCCGGGCAGCCAAUCGGAGGGCAGCGAGAAAGACUCGGGUCCGCUGGACAGCAGCAACGACGCGGACAGCGAGGCGUCGGAGAGCGAGUGCGUGCCGCGCCCGGCCCCCGCCCCCGCUCCCUCCGGCAGGCCCCACCAGGGCGGCGCUGUGGAGCAGCUGGUCAGCGCCGUGUCCAAGCUCAGCCUGGUCCACGCUCCCGCGGAGACCCCGCCGGCCCCCGGCCGCGCGGAGGAGCAGGCAGACGCACCGCGUGACCGCCACCACCAGGGGGCCUUCCAGGCCCUCUCCCACAGCUACACGCCCAGCUCCAAAGAGUGCUCGGUGCAGUCCUGCCUGCACCAGUUCACCUCCGUGGAGCUCCUGAUGGGCAACAACAAGCUGCUGUGCGAGAGCUGCACGGAGAGGAGGCAGAGAGCGCGCAGGAGCGGCGCGGCCGACAAGAAAACUGAGAAGGUGUACACCAGUGCGAGGAAGCAGAUGCUGAUCUCCACACUGCCCCCAGUGGUGACUCUGCAUCUCAAACGCUUCCACCAGGCUGGCAUGAAUCUGCGAAAGGUGAAUCGGCAUGUAGACUUUCCCCUCGUCCUGGACCUCUCCCCGUUCUGCUCGGCCACUUGCAAGAACAUGGUGUCGGGAGAGCGCGUGCCGUACAGCCUCUUCGGCAUCGUGGAGCACAGCGGGUCCAUGCGGGGGGGACACUACGCCGCCUACGUCAAGAUCCGACCGCCGCAGCGCAGAGGGGAGUCACGCAGACACCUGUCCGGUCCGCGGGAGGGCAUCACAGCACCACCGGGUCAGUGGGUGUACGUGAGUGACACCAACGUUCAAAUGGUACCAGAGUCCAGGGUCCUCAACUCUCAGGCCUACCUGCUCUUCUACGAGGAGCUGCAGUAACUUCUUCUGCUUAAAAGGUGGGGGGUGCACAUCAAAGCAUGAUGCAAUGCAUGCUGGGAUCUCCAGUCCCCCCCCUCCCCUUCCGUGGAGCAAUAUUAGGUGCAUGUAUGUGCAUUUCUCUCAUUCAUUAAGGCCCAUGAGGGUUGCUUCUCAUCACCGAAAGCAGCAUUCGGCAUAUGGAACGGAACAAAACCAGAAGAAUUAUAGCAGAGGAAACUUUUGUAAAGUUUAUUUAUAUUUUACAGUCUGAAGUGCUAAAUAUGAACAUUAUAAUAUUUUUUGUAGAAA